AUCGGCUUUAAUGGCGUCGUAGCGUUGAGUUUUCACAGGCUGUGGAGGUUUUUGAGACGGCAGAUGAAGCGCCUGGUGACUUUCGUGUUGUUCUACUUGCUGUCGAAGCUGAUCAAUGCAAAAGGCCUGAGUGUCGCACGUAUGCCCCUUGUUGAGAGCUUUUCUCGAGCCUGUGUGCCAUGUACCACCUUGCCUUGGUCCCUGCUGUUACGGACUCAGUGAAAGUCCCUUUAAGAUAGAGAGUGUGUGUAUGUGUGUGUGGGACGUGCUUACAUCAAUAGAAUAUAAAGGACAUAAUGACGUUGUUGAAGAAGUUAGAAGAAGAAGGAGAGAGAGAAGGGAGAGAGACACCAGCCUGCUAGAUUUCUCUAUCGAUGGAUGAGAAACUAUAACUGUGUUUGCCACUGAAAUCCAUGUAUGGAAAUUGGAAGUAAUCCGGUGGAGUUCACUUUGUUGCUGACCUGUAGAAGGAAACAGAAAUGAAACAAGUGUUCGGUGUCUUUGGUUCGAGCGUUUUGUUGGAAUCUGGGCACGGUGACGAUCUCCACGGUCGUGAAAUUGUAUGGGAGUUCACUUGCAGCGAUGGACACCAGUACACUAUUGUGGACGUUGGACCAAAUCAUCCAGGGGUGAAACCAAACGAACAUUUUGAAGGUCGUUUAAAUUUUAAUCAUACCACUGGAGCUUUAUUAUUAAGCAAUUUAAGCACAAGUGACCAGGGAUAUUAUACCAUCAGCGUAGAUGGUAAAGAACAGAGAACAAUAAAUGUGCAAAUCAUUGAAAUGAAGCCAGUGUUCGGUGUCUUUGGUUCGAGCGUUUUGCUGGAAUCUGGGCACGGUGACGAUCUCCACGGUCGUAAAAUUGUAUGGGAGUUCACUCGCAGCGAUGGAGACUGGUUCACUAUUGUGAAUGUUGCACCAAAUCAUCCAGGGGAGAAACCAAACAAACAUUUUGAAGGCCGUUUAAAUUUUAAUCCUUCCACUGGAGCUUUAUUAUUAAGCAAUUUAAGCACAAGUGACCAGGGAUAUUAUACCAUCAGCGUAGAUGGUAAAGAACAGAGAACAAUAAAUGUGCAAAUCAUUGAUAAACUGUCACAACCUUCAAUACAGGGCAGGUCUGGUUGCCUUGGUUCCACCAUCCAGCUCAUCUGUCAGGUCAUUGGAAAUGCCCGUGCAUAUCAGUGGCGGAAAGAUGGAGGGGAAAUGCCCCCGCAUCACCAGCUACUAGAUCGGAACAGAAAACUUGUUAUCUCAAAUGCUUCCAAAGGUGACAGUGGAAUUUACAUCUGUGUUGCAAGCAAUCCUGUCACCUCCGUCCAGGCAAACUACACCCUAACUAUUCAUGGCCUUUCUGCCAGCGAUGCUGUAAUUGUUGCGGUACCGAUCAUAGCAGUGGUGUUUUCUUCAGCAAAUCUUAUUACAUCUAUAUUUGCGCACUGCUGGAAGAUGAAAUCAGGCAAAGAAUUACCAAGGUGUAGAUUUUGGACGCCUUUCCUGUUUAUAUGUAACACUGUGCCUUUUGUUGUCUUCCUUGUUACCCUCUUUCACUGGAAUAUGAUGAAAGGUUCUGACUCUCUACCAGUGAUUGCUACAUGCAUUUCGAUCCUCCUAGUUUUGACUUUGAUUCAACUAUUUGCUGUUCAGCGACUUAAUUGCUGGCGUAUUUUCAGAUGCCACAGAAGGACUGAACUUGGGAAUUUGUUUCUAUUUGGAUUGCACACUGCGUUGAUAAUCAUCUCAGUCGCUUUCUGGAGUAAAGAGAUUCAUCAAAACUAUCAGGGAUGUAAUGUUGAAAUUUGGAGUUUACUCCUCACCUCAAAGGUCGAAUAUGCAGUCGUCAUUUUUGUGUCCUUUAUGAUUUAUUGCUGCAGAAAUAAAUGCAACCGUAAUGAAAAUGGACCACAGGGUAAUAAAGAAUUCCAAAACUUCCAACCCAUUCGCACGGAUGAUCCAGGAUCUCUGCAUACCAAUUGGAAUGGGCCAUAACAGUCUUUGCUUUUGGAUGUCAUUGCCUCAGAAAAGCUUUAUCUUAUACGAGGGAGCAUUCUUGUCAGAGGCUUGGUUUCCCAGAUGUAGACUGGAGCCUGGAAUGCUGCUGUCACAUCUCUGGUGGAGGGAUGAUGCUCAUGGAGAGAGUGGCAUGCAGCUGAAAUGAUCUUGACCUGGAUUAGAGCAACACUGCACUCAUUUCAAUCCUUUGGCUCUUGACUGAAAAUUUCCAUUUCUGACAAUCUGGCAGAAUUUUUCAUCAGCAUCAGAAACUUUGUGGGAAGAGACGCGAGAUCUGUGCCCGAGGUCUUAUCCACCAAAGUUGAUACAGACCUGUGCACAGAGCUGGACUUCGCUGAGGAUCAAUGCAGAGAAAGAUCUCAAGACGACAAAAUGAGCUCUCUGUGCAAUUCCAGUAAACCAGACAUGCAGUUCUCAGGAUCAGCCACAUUCAGUCUUGGCCAAAGAUCUGUGGAUGGCUGUGUCUAUUAACGUGACUGCACUUUAAACUGAGCCUUUAAUGACUCAUUGCUGAGCAAUCUGAGACAAAAAUGUUUGUGCAUUAUUUCUUUAUUUGAAUAUUUCCUAUGAUUUUUAAACAAUCUUUUAAUAUCCUUGGAUAUUGAGGGAAGCUAGGGAAGAAAUUGCUGGGGUCCUGGCAGAGAGAUUUGUAUCAUCGUUAGCCAUGGGUAAGUUAUGGGAAAACUGGAGGGUGGUUAAUGUUGUCUUUUUUUUAAAAGAAGAACUGCAAGGAAAAGCCAGAGAACUACAGAGAGUGCAUAUGCUGGGGCUUUUUUCCCUGGAGCACAGGAGGCUGAGGGGUGACCUUGUAGAGGUGUAUAAAAUUAUGGGGGAGCAUAUUACAAGGUGAAUGGUCAGCCUUUUCUCCAGGUAGGGGAGUCUAAAGCUAGAGGGCAUUGAUUUAAACUGAGAGGGGAAAGGUUUAAAGGGGACCUGAAGGGCAGCUUUCACACAGAGGGUGGUGGGUAUGUUAAGUGAGCUGCCAGAGGGAGUGGUAGAAGUGAGUACAAUUACAAUAUUUUAAAAACAUUUGGAAAGGUGCAUGGAUAAGAAAGGUUUAGAGUGACAUGGGCCAAGCACAGGAAACUGUGAUUAGCUCAGGUGGGCAACUUGGUCAGCAUGGACCGGUUGGGCUGAACAGCCUCCUUCCGUGCUGUAUAACUGACUCCUUUGGUGCACUUACAUUGUUUUUAAAAAAAAAGCUAAGAAUAAUUACAUAAAGCCAAUUAAAUAAACCCCCUCCUGGUUUGCUGUGGGUGAGAACUCACAUGGGAUUGGCUAUUCUCUGAGAGCUUUGCCAAGGCAGCAGGGGUGGGAAAGGGGAAUAUUUCUCACCUGAAUGUGCCUGAUUGCAUUCGCGUAGUGUGCCAUGGAGCUUUUUACAGCAUUAUAGGUGUAGCAUAAAUGUACUUGUUUAUAUGGAUGGGUUGGAGCUGUGACUGGGGUUCAUGCUCAGACACUGUUUGAAGUUCUUUGUUCUGCUGAGAACAAUUUUGGCAUUUGGACUGAGAGUCGGCAGGUAGGCGAGGUCAGUGGAGCCAGCCUCUUCAUUCAGUGCUCCCCUCUUUCCCAGCGCUGUUCUUUCUCCUGCAGUCAGCACCCUCUUUUAUCUCCCUUUUCCCCUCACACCUUCUGUCUCAAUGAUCAUCUCUCAGUUUCUUUUUCAAAAAUAUACUUUAUUCAUAAUAUAUAUUGUAAAUAGAAUUGGAACAUAUCUUUCUCUAGGUUCAUUGUAACAUCAGUUAAAUCCAUUUUCUUUCAAAGUGUCAAUACCACUCAUGUUUUCUCAUUAAACAAUACAUCUGUGAAAUGUUUGGAAAGCUGUUGCACAGGACCCAGUUUCCAGUGGUAUCAGGACCUUAGACUGUGGCUCUUCCCCCACCACCCUUGUGGUAGCUGUAUUGAGAUUUGGUGCAAUUUUUUAUUUCAAGCAUAAACUUUAUAAAAACAUAUACAGCACAAAAAUAUGUAUGGCUUACUUUAUUUGUAGUCUUAGUACACUGUGUACAAGAUACCAUUGCCACAUAUGUGGCUUCUUCAUGUUAUCACCAUCGGGGAGGAGGUACAGGAGCCUGAAGACCUAAGCUCAAUGAUUCAGGAACAGCUUCUUCCCCUCUACCAUCACAUUUCUGAACGGUCCAUUAAACCCAUGAACACUAGCUCAUUAUUCCUCUUUUGCACUAUUUAUUUUUGUAACUUAUAGUAAUUUUUAUGUCUUUGUCUUGCACUGUACUGCUGCCACAAAACAAAUUUCAUGGCACAUCUCAGUGAUGAUAAACCUGAUUCUGGGUGGCAUGGUAGUGUAGCGGUUAGUGUAACGCUAUUACAGCGCCAGUGACCCGGGUUUAAUUCACGCCACUGUCUGUAAGGAGUUUGUACGUUCUCCCCGUGACUGUGUGGGUUUCCUCUGGGUGCUCUGGUUUCCUCCCACAUUCCAAAGACGUACAGGUUAGGAGUUGUGGGCAUGCUAUGUUGGUGCCGGAAGGGUGGCGACACUUGCGGGCUGCCCCCCAGAACACUAUGCAAAAGAUGCA